GGUUUUUGGUGGCAGCGAUCGGGCAAAUAUUACACAACGCGGUCAUUAUAGGGACAAUAAAGAUGACGCUUGAUUUGUUUUGGUUAACUUUUGAUAGAACUAUGUUGUAAGAAGGUUAGACGGAAUGAAGAGUAUGGGUAGAGAGCACACGGACGGAAUAAAGUCUAAAUAAGCUGUGGCGACCCACGCGGGUCUUCGCGCUCACAUCGCGCAGCCUUUUUCGCGCACUUUCUCAAGUGCCGUUGCACAAAUCCUACUGUGAACGUGAUUAUUGUACUAGGAAGUAAUCGGGGCAGCAAAAAUGACGGGUGUUGUUGAUAAUCCACAAGAAAACGAAGCAGUGUAUCAAAGGGUGGUCGGGUUGAUGCACGCGGCGCAGGAAACGGGAAAUGAUCUGGACGCGCGACUCACGCACUUACUCAGCGCGAAAGAGGUGAUUCUGAGCAAGAGCCCGGAGCUGAUCGACAACUUCUGGGCGGAGAUGGUGGCGACACGGCACACGCGCAAACUGAAGGCGGUGGCCUUUUGUCUGGACUGGAUCCGCGACGCCUGUAAAAAGGAGCCGCUGCUGAUAAAGGAGCGCAACAUCUUCUCCAAGGAAUUGUUGCUGCGUUUAAUGGAGGAUCCCGCCGUCGUCGUGCAGAAACGCAGUCUCAUCUGCGCCACACAGAUCUACCGCAACGCCAUGCGGUGGAUCUGUUCGGGUGACGUGACGGAGGGUAAUGCGGAGCCGGUGUGGCAGGAGCUGCGCGGCGUGAAGGAGCACCUCGUGCAGGCCAUCAGCGGCGCCGAGCACGCCGAGAACCACGUCGGCUACCGCCUGCUCUCCUACAAAUUCCUCCAGACCCUCAUCGAGUGCCAGAGUCCCCGCGACGCCGCCGUCCCGCCCGAUCCCGAGGACAACGUGAGCUCGCUGGACAUUCCCGACAAGUGGUCCGGCAGUAAGCUAAGCCGGCGCAGCGUGGAGGCCGAGGCCAGCGCGAUGCUGGACGUCCUCGAGGGCUUCGUCACGCGCCAAACCCUCACGACCGAAUACGUGGACUGUAUUAGCGUGUGCGGCUGCCUGCUGGGGCUGGCGCGCCGCCGGCCGCAGUACCUGCCGCGCGUCAUGACGGCCGUGGAGUUCCUGCUGACCAACAUCCCCGCCGGCUACACCAAGCUGCACGUCGAGGGCCUGCGCAAGUACCUCAAGACCGGAUUGAUCUGCGUGCUGCGCCGCUGUCCCGACCCGGAGAUGCUGGACCGCACCGUGCAGCUCCUCACGCGCCACUUCGGCACCAGCCACAACGAGAUUUAUCGCAACCGCGCGAAUAUCACGGAGAUGCUGCGGAAGAAGAAGCGCGAACCGGAGCCGGAAGUCGUGGUGAAGCGUCCGAAACUGGAGGAUCACUAUCAGGACGACGAAGACGAAGGGGAGCCGGAAGUGGCCCCGCGGCAGGCGCCGGAACCCCUGGUCGACUACCAGUCACUGGCCACCGAAAUCAACACCAACACCAUCGUCCCGCGACUGACGCCCGAUGUCGUCGUCCGCCUUAUCAUCGCCAACAUGCGCCGCCUGCCGACGAGCAUCCCCACGCAGUUCCACGCCACGUACACGCCCAUCGGCAGCGGCCCGGCCUCGGGCAUCCUGGAGCACCUGGCCCGGCUGAUGGCGCUGCAGAUGGUGGCCGCCGACGUCGGGCCCGGCUCCGAAGAGGUCGCCAAACGCAAAAAGGAGGAGAGUCUGCGUAAGAACGAGGAAGAGGACGCCAAGUCGGCGGCCACCGCCCAGCCCAUCUCCAGCGUCCUGCGGGCGCCCCCCUCCGAGGAGGCGGCCGCGCUGGACCUGGAGAACGGCGACGCGGACAGCGGCGACGAGGCGGCCGAGGGCGACACCGCCGGCAGCGUCCCGGAGGCGGUGGCCAGCGGCCCGGUGCCCGAGGAGUUCAAGGCCACCGAGAAGGCCUUCAAGCUGGAGGAGAUGACGGAGGCCAUCCCGCCGGACGACCGCAGCAACGCCAUUCUCUCCAUCGUCAACGAACUGAUCGGAUCGGAGCCGAAUGUCCUCAACGCUUCCGCCGAGUCGCUCUUCCACAAGUGUUUAGUGCAUUUUGCCGUACGGGUCGGCUUGGAGGCCUUACGCGAGCGCAUCGCCAAGUUUAUCAUGGAGGAUCUGGGCAGCCGGGCGGAGUUGGCCUUUCGCUGGAUCUUCGAGGAGUACGCGUAUGCCCGGCACAUUCAGCGGACGGGGCAGCCGCCGCCGGGGGCGGGGGAGAAUGAGGAGGACCUGAGUGAGGAGCAGUUGGCCAGCUACGACGACUGUCUGACGCGCUUCAUCAAGGGCUUCAUCGAUCAUCCCGAGUACCGCGAAGGGCUGGUGUCGCAGUUGUACAUGGAGGUGCCGUGGGUGACGGAGGGCGCGGUGGAGCUGCUGAGCUACUACUGCACACUGCGCAGCGUGCACGGCGCCAUGCGCCUCAUCCACAAACUGGUCAGCACGCGGCCGCGCCCCGCGCGCUACAUUCUGCCGGCGCUGGACCUGACGCUGCACCAGCGCAAGGACAUCCAGGCGCAGGCCGUCCAGACCUGCGUCAAAUUGUACUCCAGCAUGCCCUCCCUGCGCCCCCAAGUCCAGACGUUCGCCAUCGACUGCAUGAACAUGCUGGGCGCCGGGGAUCCGGCGGCGCUGCAGCAGGACAAGUACGGCCGGGCGCCGGAGAAGAAGCCGGAGUGGAACGAGGAUCUGCAGCGGAUUUGUUCGUCCCUGUUCGCCGGGAUUCUAGCCGAGGACGCCUCGCUGCUGCCGGUGCUGGGCGAGAUGUACGUCCAGCACGCCAACGACGUCAAGAAGACCAUCUUCAAGAUCGUCGACCUCCCGGUGCGGACGAUCGGGAUGAACGCGCCGGAAAUGCUGGCCUUCGUGCGCAAUCCCCCCAAGGGCAGCGAGGCGCUGGUGCUGCGCGUCAUCCACCUCCUCACCGAGACCAACCCGCCGACGGCGGAGCUGAUCAGCAGCAUCCGCGGCCUGUACGCCGAGCGCAUCCCCGACGUGCGCUUCCUCAUCCCCAUCUUGAACGGCCUGCCGAAGGAGGACAUUGUGGCCGCGCUGCCCAAACUGGUCAAACUCAACCCGGUCGUCGUGCAGGAGGUCUUCCACCGCUUACUCGGCACCGGCAAACACAAACUCGAUUCCACGCAGCGCCGGCCGUCGUUGUCGCCGGCGGAAGUGCUCAUUGAACUGCACAAAAUCGACAUGACGAAGGUGGACGCCAAGAGUCUCAUCAAAGCGACGGGACUGUGUCUGGAGGAGAAGGAGCUGUACCCGGCCGACACGAUGAUGGAGGUGCUGAAGAAUCUGAUCGACGCGGAGCCGUUGCCGUUUCUGCUGCUGCGCACCGUGCUGCAGACCGUGCAGCUGCACGGCCACCGCACCACCUACUUCAUCAUGAACAUCCUCAACAAACUCAUCGACCGCGAGGUGUGGACGUAUCCGCUGCUGUGGGAGGGCUUCGUCAAGUGCUGCGAGAAGACCCUGCCGCCCUCCAUCCCGGUCCUCCUCCGUCUCCCUUCGGAGCGCCUCAAGGCGGCCCUGGACAGCAGCCCCGCCCUCCGCGGCCCCCUGCAGAAGCACCUGCUGGACCUGCACGCCGAGCAGCGCGCCCACCUCCCGCCGGACACCCUCCAGCUCCUCGACCUCGACCGGCUCCUCAAUCAGCACCGCGAACCCCGGGAACCCGAGGAACCGGUCCCGCGGACCAACGACGCCCCGCCCAAGUCGCCCCCGGCCGCGGCGAGGGCCGUCAGCCCCCCGGGGCGCCGCAAGGAGGGGCGCCGCAGUCCCUCGCGCUCCCGGGAACCCUCCAGCCGCCCGCGGGAGCGUUCGCGCGGCGCCGAGAAGGAGAAGGAGGGCGGGAAGGCCCGCGAACGCGGCGAGCGGUCGCGCGGGUCCGGGGAGACGUCGCGGGCGCGCCGGGAGAAGGGGGAGCGGGAGGAGGGGGCGGAGCGCCGCCGGAGGGGCGGACGAGACCGCAGUCGCGAGAGAAAGGACGGCAGUGGCUCCCGCCGGCGACGCGAGGAGCGCCGCAAGUCGGCGCGCGACAAUGACGAGAAGCCGAGCGCGCCGCUGGAUAACGGCGUGCUGGCGGUGGACGCCGAGAGCCCGCCGGCGGCCGACACGGGCCGCCCGGAGCCGGCGGACCCCGGGAACCCGGAAGUUGCGAUGGAUGUGGGCGUGGUCAGUGAGAAACCGGAAGAAACGAUGGAAGUGGGCGUGGCCCACGACCAACCGGAAUUGGGCGUGGUCCAGGACGUGGCGAAGGACGUCCCGGACGUGGCGACCCCGGCGGAGGGUGUCCAAGACCCGCCGGAGCCGGACGCCGGGAUGGCGAGCCCGGAGGUGGUCGCGGCGGACGCGAUUCCGCGUCCGGACAGUCCGCAGUUGUGAUGGGGCUUCCGCAGCACGUGACACGUGUGUUUGUCUCUUUUGCGAUGUUUUUUUGAUGGUUUUUCGUUGACGUUUUUGUCCGGGUGAAAAACGGGAAAAGAUUAAUUAAUGGGUGUAUUUUUUUUCACCGGAAAUUAUUGGAAAAAAUUUUGGGAACGAAUAUUGAAGGAAAUAAAAAUGGCAAUUAAAAAAUUGGAUCAAUUCAGACGGGAAGAUAAUAUUAUUUCGUUCGCAUUUAUUGUGCCUAUAAUAAUAUUAAUUUUUGUAUUUAUUUGAAUAAUCCG